AUGAUGUAUUCAACUGGCUAUAGUCCUUCAUCUGUUGCAAUUGGUGAUUUCAAUAAUGAUAUCCGACUGGAUAUCGUCGUUGGUAAUUUAAAUGGGCACAAUGUUAUGGUAUAUCUUGGAUAUCCCAAGGAAGGUUUUCUAAAUCAAAUGAGGCUCAUAACUGGGAAUGGAUCUCGACCGAGAUCGUUCGCCUUUGGGGAUUUUAACAAUGAUGGUCAAACAGAUAUUGCAGUUGCGAAUUCAGGCACUAACAACACCGGUAUUUUUCUAAGAUAUGGCAAUGGUGCUUUUGCAAAUCAAAUGGCAUACUCAACUGAUUCUUCUCCAUGGGGUGUAGCAGUUGGUGAUUUCAACAACGAUACAAUACUUGACAUUGUCACCGUGAAUCAUGGCAAUGACACUGUUGGUAUAUUUCUUGGAUGGAGUAAUGGUUCUUUUUCGAGCCAGAAAACGUUUUCAACCGGUUUCAACUCUCAACCGAACGCGAUUGUCGUUGGUGAUUUCAAUAACGACACCUUGCUGGACAUUAUUGUCACCAAUUAUGGCACAAGCAACGUCGGUGUGUUGCUUGGAUAUGGUAAUGGUUCCUUCGCUGAUGUAAAAAGUUUUUCGAUCGGUUAUGGAUCUCUUCCGUUCUCGAUUUCCGUUGGUGAUUUGAACAAUGACGGAAAGCUGGAUUUUGCCGUCGCCAAUGAAGGAGCUGACAAUCUAAAAAUUUUCUUGCAGACUUGUUAAUAUCGCAACUUCUACCUUGAACUUUUUAAAAUUUCAUUCACUGUCUCUAACUUCUAUUUAGUCUUACUAAUAUUUCUUGUAAUCUUUUCUUAUUCAUCUUUUGAUUUCUAUGCUCAAAUAAACUGCGGUUGAGAGUGGGUGCCUCAGCCAAAGUAUGACGCGUUUCUAUCCCGCUUAAGGAUCUUAUCACACAGUGCUGACUAAGAAUCCAUUCAAAUGAUUGGGAACGUCAAAAGUGUGAUGCAUAGUCUAUAAUUUUCACGGCAAAUUCUCGAAAGACUCCCCAUCAUAAUAGCAGAUGUCAUUACUGCAAUGAUGAGUGAAACAAACUUGGAGGCAUUCGGACGUUGCUUAAGAGUCUCAUCAUGGUGAAUAAAUCAAUUGAAAAACAGACUGGCCUAUAUGGCUGUGAGACAGAUCAAUCUGCUGCUAUCAACUCUUACUUUUCAGAAAUUGAUAAAGUCGAAAACCAAAAAGCAAUUUAAUGAGAAAAUAAUAUACUUUGUAUAAGUAAUAAAUAAAGAUAAAUGUACAGCUAAUUUCGCAGACGCGCUUUGUAUUAUUGUCAAUUAGCAAACAGAGCGACCUAUCUAUUAACGAAAAGACAAAUUCAAACUGCUAUUCUUAACUUUGCCUUUCAGCAAUUGAUUUCCUGUCGAAAAUUAAAUAACAAGAGAAUAAUAAUAGAUAAAUGUGCUGAACUAAAAUAAUUUAAAAGAAAUGCAGAGUUAAGUUUGCUGAUGCGUUUUGUGUUAUUUAUUAAUAUAUUGAAACGCUCAUCAGGACUCUGCAAUAAAAUUGAGACUUUUAUGUGUGUACAGUUCGGAGGCGAGAUCUUGAAAUUGGAAGGAUUUGACUACAUUUAUUUCUUUUAAUUGCAUUGCCUUCGGUGAUUUUAAUGUGGACCUUGAAAAGGAUAAAGCCAAAGCUGAAAUGUUACUAUCGUGGUCGGAUUCUAUGUUUCUGUGUCUAUUUACUCCAGACUCUUCGAC